GCGGGGAGGAAGGCGCUACCGGUCGAGGCGACGAUAGAGGUGCGGAGCCUCAAGGACACCAAGGGGUACAGGACGUACUUUGGGAUGCGGGUGGAGGGCGUGAAGCCAGCGGAUCACGAGUACGUGAGACACUGUCAAACAUCAAACGAGUGGCUAGAGCACGACCUCAAGUACAAGCAUGAGAGGAGCUCGAAAGAGCACUCCGUAGAGAAGAAAGUCGGCCUCGUCUCCCGGAUGCUCAUGCUGCACGUGCGGGACGACGACAAGGAGGAGAGGCAUCGGCAGCAGGUAAGGCAGCGCUCUGCUGCGCGUGUGAGGGCCCGGGGCUGAGAGCGAGUGUGCUUGGGUGCUGGCGCAGCUGGAUCCGUACGGAGACAUCGACAGGCCCAUCGACCUGCAUGUGAGCUUGAACCAAGGCAGCAAGGCUGUCGACAGGAGGAGCAGAGACGACCUGGUCAAGGACGUCAAGCAUGGCGUCAGAGGCGACGGGGUGAUAUUAGUGCAUCGCCAUGUCCGAAGCAGUCCGAGGGUCUGACGAGGGCAAGCAGGUACUCAGGCGAUGCAGUCUGCAGAGCUUUGGGAUCAAGGAUACGGUUGCGUCGACGACAAGCAUGGUGAGCUUGCACCAGAAGAGCCAGGAGUGGGUUGCGGAGCAUCGCGAGCUUUUCAACCCGAUCCGGGAGCGAGGGUCGUACUCGGUGGAGGUAGUACCGGGGGGGCUGCAGGUAC